UUCUGUUCUGAAUUCCUAGGGAGCAGACCGGUCUUAAAUCUUCGGCAGCUGACACUGUGUAGUCAGGAAAUACCAACACUUUAGUCCGUUUUUAAACCUCAUUCUUAGGCAGGAUCAUGAACAUCCCCAUAUAUCAAGUGCCCUCGGUGACCAUGCAGUCGAUGCACCAGCAGCAAUCCUUGUACCAGCAAACCUAUUUGGAUCGCAAUCGCAUGGUCACCGAUGUAUUUGUGCAUAAACACGUCUCGCAGAGUUCUUGGUCAAUGGGCCCGGCCGGUCCAUCGGCUGUUUUUGUACCGGGUAUUGCCAAUUGCCCCAUUAUGACCGCAAGUACCCAUGGACAUUCUCAUCAUAGCGCCACGAUUCAGGCUAUGAAUCCCCAUUUCACGACCUAUAUGCCCUUUCCGGGUAUGCAGUACUAUGCGGCCAGCUCGGCCUCGAUGAACGCCUAUGGCCCUAAUCAGGUGUAUUCCGCUCGUGCUUCGGCCUCUGCCGGUCUCUAUUUGCCACAGUACCACGGAAACUGCAGUCAUGCCCCGCCGAAAAAGCAGUUCUGUGCCGCUUACACCCAGACCCAAGAGCCCGUUAAGACCGGCUGCGAUGUGGCCACGCAGGUGGAUGUCGGCCUUGAAGUAGUGAGCUCCAAGAAGCCAGGACCAGUGCCUAUUUCAGACCGUGUUGUUCCUGAAGAAUCGAGCGUUAGUUCUUUGGAAAGCGGUGCAGGAGAUGGUUUGCGAGUCCAAAACUUGCUGCGCAACUCGGAGGUGAUGUUGCUGGAACAGCGCCUCCACGACAUCACUAGAGUUUCACUGCAGGGCAGUGAGAUAGCCGAACGUCUGGCCAAUGCUCAUCGCAAUCGUCCGUGCUUCAAGAAGAUCGAUACUCUGUGUGCUCGCUUGAAGCAGGAUUUGCUGCGUCCAGAUGGCGUGCUGCCCAACAUCAACUCCCAGGGGAUUGCUUGGGCCGUUAAGGACUUCAUCUUCGUCUUUACUCGCAUAGUAAAUGCAUGGGUCAUUCUGAAGGGCUAUGUCUAUAACACCCCCGAUGCUUUAAACAAGAUUAAAGACGAGCUGCCGACUGGUUUUAUGGCUUCCUUUGAUUCCUGGCAGGUCUCGACGCUGUCCCUUGUUCAGAUGAUUAUAAAAUCCUUCGUGAGUCUGGAUGACCUGCUGCAGAAGCAGAAAAACAGCUUUUCUGGAAAGGAUGGGGCUCUUAUGAACGUGAACAGUAGCAGCUCUCUAAGAAGUUUUAUAGAUAGCAAUGAUAGCAGCAGCUUGGGACAGAAACACCAAGGGAUGACUACUGGGCAAGGUCCCAGUGCCUUUAGUACACCGCAGAAUCAAAUACGGAAUGCAGUUGCAGAUUGUCAAGAGCCCACAUCAUCUGCCCUUUACAAACCAAAAUGUGCUUUAAAUCUGAACUAUCUGUACACCAUGAUUGAGGACUCGGAGGAAACCCAACGCAAUGUGAAUGCCAAUGGUACUUAUCUUAAAACCGGAACCUAUCAACCACUGCAAAAGGAGUCGAAGCAACUGGAGAUGCCGCCUUCAAAGCCGAAGGACCAAUACGUGGAGUGGAAUGCUGCACAACAUGCUUUGCCUGCUCAAGAGAUUCCUAAUGCUCCAACUCCGAAAGCAUCUCCGAUGCCGGAGCGUCUGCAAGAUGUAAGGGCGUUCACAAAUCCAUUUAGCCUGAUCGGAAAAGAGGUUACCCGUCAGCUGUACGAGUUCAGUGACCGCGUCAUGGAGCUCAAUCACUUGGAGCGCUUCUUUAAAAAGCAGUUCACUCGCAACUAUUACCCAGAUUUCUAUCAGCAAUGCCAGGAUGAAUUUAUAGAUGUGCGAGCCAUUAUUGUGCAGUGCGAGAAUGCCUCGUACCAUCAUAUUUAUCAGGCUAUUCAUGAUCUGCGCCGGAUCAUCUUUACGGUGCGCUGUUACCUGAAGAUGUACUCAGACGAAAACCUUCUUUACUACAUUGACCUCUACGAGCGCUCCGUGAAUGAAAUGCUGUCCAAGCCACCACACUUGCCCAAUCAGUACGAUCACAUUAUGGGCAGGCCGGGCGAAAAGCUGUUCAACUACGAAAUCUGAGUGAACAAGUAUGGAUAUCGUGGUCAUCAACGGAAAGUUUACUGAUUCACGUGGCUUAUUACGCCAGUUUAAUACAACUACGCGUAAAUUCAUUUAAUUUCGAUAUCUAUUCAGCGAACCACAGUGCCUUAACAAAAUUUUG